AUGGCAUCAGAGCCCGCCCCCAACCCCUCAGCAUCAGCGAUGCCAGCACUCUCUUUCCUGAUAGCUCUAUACCCCGGCUUCCAGCUUCUCGACGCUGCCGGCCCAUUGGAUUUGCUCAACUUCCUGCCCCAACCGCCGUACAAUGCACCCAUCAGUAUGAAGUUCAUCGCUGAGACCAAGGAGCCUGUUUCCACCAAGCUAUUGCCGGGGACACUGCCAGGGGAGAGGGAGGGAAAGUAUGAAUGGCUCGUCAACGAAGCUAUGGGUUUCGAGAAGGGGAAGGGUCAGGAGGUGAAUCGGGGCUGGAACCAGCAAGUCGUCGUAGACGCGACGUUCGCGGAAGUGGAGCGGGAGAUCAAGGCCGGAACAGCAAAAUACGACGUCCUCUUCAUCCCUGGCGGCAUUGGGUCGCGAGUUCGCAGACGGGAUUUGGGGAGUGGGAAAGAGGAGCUGGCGGUGCAGCCUCUGAUCAACUUCACACAGGCAAUUGCGCCGCAUUUGGGAUUGGGAAUCAUGACCGUGUGCACGGGGAGUGAUAUCUUGGGCUAUACGGGAUUGCUAGACCGGAGACGCGCGACUACUAACAUGAGCCGCUUUAGCGACGUUAGUGGGCGACAUCCGGAUGUGAAGUGGGAGAAAGGCGCGCGAUGGGUGAAGAGUGGGACGGACGAUGCAGCAACGGGGGCGGACGCAGGAGGAGCAGGGGGGAAAGAAAUCGAAAUAUGGACGUCAGCGGGUGUCAGUGCGGGCAUGGAUCUGACGUUGGCGUUCAUUGCGGAGAAAUUUGGUGGGGUGGACGUCGCGAGGGAUAUCGCGAAGAAGAGUGAGUAUGAUUGGACUGAGAGUAAGGAUGGGGAGAUCUGCCACUUCUACAAGGAGUACUUUGGUGUCUGA